AUGGUCACCCACCACUGGGCAAAUCGGUUUCGCGACCUUGUUGCUGCAGUGGUGGCGGACGCUCUGCACUUGUCGCGUUGGGACAGUGUUGCAGAGCAGCUGGGCAGUGGCGAAGUUGAAAGCUUGAGGCACAAACUUUCAGAAAGCGGAACGGAGAGCUUGCAGUAUUGGAUUUGUGCUCUUUGUAUCAACCAGCAUGCUAGCAUUUGUGGCAACUCCAUGGGGGUACGUGAUACUGUGACCGGAGAUGUGCUGCCUUUCUGUGAUUGCAGUACGCCAAAGUAUUUUAACGAUCACCCAGUGGAGUGCGAACUCAACAAGUUUGACUUGAUGAUGGAGCAUUUGCACCGGCAAUAUGCCCAAGAUUUCCUACAAGUGGUAGCCAUUGACCAAGAUUUCCACCUAUUUUCAAGGGCCUGGUGCGUGGCGGAGUUGGUUGAGGCGCACAACAGUCACUUGGAUCAGCAUGUGAUGCUCCACUCCCCGAAAGUCUUGGAGGAGAACUCGGGUCGCCUAAGCCAUCUGAAGGUCGAAGACUGCUCGGCUUCCAGAGCCGAAGACAAGGAGGCAAUCCUUUCGAAGAUUGGCGGAGCUGAUGAUGUUGCUAAAUUCAACGACCGCUUGCACCAACUGCUCCUGGGUUCCAAAGGGCUGCUCGCCGGAUGGUUAGACGGACAGAAGAUGCUCCAAGAGGUGGGUGCCAUCGCGGCCCGCGCUCGCAGCCGUUCUGAAGCCUCCCGCGAAAUUGAAGUCUGA